CGCCUUCCUCCCGUCCUUUCCUUCCUCUGGCGCAGCGGAGAGAGGUGUGAAACAAUGUCGGCUCACUUGCAGUGGAUGGUCAUCAGGAACUGCUCUAGUUUCUUGAUUAAGAGGAACAAGCAAACUUACAGCACUGAGCCAAACAAUCUAAAGGCCAGGAACUCAUUUCGUUACAAUGGACUCAUCCACAGGAAAACAGUCGGCAUUGAUGCUGCUGCUGAUGGAAAGGGCAUUAUUGUUGUCCUGAAGAAGAAUGCUGGCCAACGUAAACCUGCUACAUCCUAUGAAAAAAUCACAAUCAACAAGAACUCGCGUGCCACACUUAAUAGUGUGCGCCAUAUUAUCCGCAAGAAUAAGUACAGGAAAGAUCUCCGUAUGGCCGCACUUCGUCGUGCGAGUGCUAUCUUGAGGAGCCAGAAACCAGUUGUGGUGAAGAAGAAACGUUCCCGCGCUGCCAAGACUGCAUAAAAAUUCCAGCAGACAGUUUAAUAAAAUAAUUGAACACA